UGUGCGCGAGGAACCUGGAACCAGGAAGUCCCUGCGGCCUUGACCUGACAGGCGCCCCCGGGAGGAGGCGGGAGGCGGGAGGCGGCUGGCGGCCAGGCCUGGGUGCUGGGUGCUGAGGCCAGGCAGCCGGCUCCACCCGGGUCCCUUGUUCUCCAAGCGCGGCCCCCAGCUUGCUGUCGCUGGACUAGCAGGCAGGGACAAAACGACUAGAUGGCCACACCCACAGACCCUGGCACAAUGCCCCACCCAGGGCCUUCACCAGGACCCGGACCCUCUCCUGGACCGAUUCUGGGACCUAGUCCAGGGCCAGGGCCAUCUCCAGGUUCCGUCCACAGUAUGAUGGGGCCAAGUCCUGGACCUCCGAGUGUCUCCCACCCAAUGCCAGCCAUGAGCUCUGCAGACUUCCCCCAGGAAGGCAUGCACCAAAUGCUCAAGCCCAUAGAUGGCAUGCACGACAAGGGGAUCGUUGAGGACAUCCACUGCGGAGCCAUGAAGGGCACAGGCCUGCGACCCCCUCACCCAGGCAUGGGCCCUCCCCAGAGUCCAAUGGACCAACACAGCCAAGGUUACAUGUCGCCUCACCCAUCCCCGUUGAGCGCUCCGGAGCAUGUCUCCAGCCCUAUGUCAGGGGGAGGCCCAACCCCAUCGCAGAUACCACCAAGCCAGCCUGGGCCCCUCAUCCAGGCCGACCCACAGACUGUGAGCCAAUCCAGCAGAGGUCCCUCACCUUUCAGUCCGGUCCAACUACACCAGCUACGAGCUCAAAUUCUAGCCUACAAGAUGCUGGCCAGGGGCCAGCCCCUCCCUGAAACCCUGCAGUUGGCAGUCCAGGGGAAAAGGACAUUGCCUGGAAUGCAGCAGCAACCACAGGCACAGCAGCAGCCUCAGCAGCAACCACAGACGCAACCCCAGCAGCAGCAGCAGCAACAGCAGCAGCAGCAACAGCAGCAGCAGCAGACUCUUGUUAACUACAACAGACCUUCUGGCCCAGGGCUGGUGGAAUUCAGUGGCCUAAAUGCCCCACAGAAGCUGCAGGUGCCCGCGCCCAGCGGCCGGCCCUCGCCUGCGCCCCCCGCCGCCUCCACACAGCCACCAGCUGCUCCGGUUCCUGGGCCCUCGGCACCACAGCCCGGCCCGGGGCAGCCCUCACCCCUCCUCCAGCUGCAGCAGAAGCAGAACCGCAUCAGCCCCAUUCAGAAGCCGCAAGGCCUGGACCCUGUGGAGAUCCUCCAGGAACGGGAAUACAGACUUCAGGCUCGUAUAGCUCACAGGAUCCAAGAACUGGAAAAUCUCCCUGGCUCCCUGCCACCAGAUUUACGAACGAAAGCCACCGUGGAACUGAAGGCGCUCCGACUACUCAAUUUCCAGCGUCAGCUGAGGCAGGAGGUGGUGGCCUGCAUGCGGAGAGACACGACCCUGGAGACGGCCCUCAACUCCAAGGCCUACAAGCGCAGCAAACGCCAAACCCUACGGGAGGCACGUAUGACCGAGAAACUGGAGAAGCAGCAGAAGAUUGAGCAGGAGAGGAAGCGGCGGCAGAAGCACCAGGAAUACCUAAACAGUAUUCUACAACAUGCAAAGGACUUUAAGGAAUACCACCGUUCCGUGGCUGGGAAGAUCCAGAAGCUUUCCAAGGCAGUGGCGACCUGGCAUGCUAACACCGAAAGGGAACAGAAGAAAGAAACAGAGAGGAUUGAAAAGGAGAGAAUGCGGCGACUGAUGGCUGAAGAUGAAGAGGGCUAUAGAAAACUGAUUGAUCAGAAGAAGGACCGGCGCCUGGCGUACCUUCUGCAGCAGACAGACGAGUAUGUGGCCAACCUCACCAGCCUGGUGUGGGAGCACAAACAGGCCCAGGCAGCCAAAGAGAAGAAGAAGAGGAGAAGGAGGAGGAAGAAGGCUGAAGAGAAUGCAGAGGGAGGAGAGGCUGCUCUGGGGCCAGAUGGAGAGCCAAUAGAUGAAAGCAGCCAGAUGAGCGACCUCCCUGUCAAGGUCACCCACACAGAAACAGGCAAGGUCCUGUUUGGACCAGAAGCUCCAAAAGCAAGUCAGCUGGACGCCUGGCUGGAAAUGAAUCCAGGAUACGAAGUCGCCCCUCGCUCCGACAGUGAAGAGAGUGACUCUGACUAUGAGGAGGAGGAUGAAGAGGAGGAGUCCAGUCGACAGGAAACUGAAGAGAAAAUCCUUCUGGAUCCAAACAGUGAGGAAGUGUCAGAGAAGGACGCCAAACAGAUCAUUGAGACGGCCAAGCAGGACGUGGAUGAUGAGUACAGCAUGCAGUACAGCGCCCGGGGCUCGCAGUCCUACUACACAGUGGCGCAUGCCAUCUCCGAGCGUGUGGAGAAGCAGUCGGCCCUGCUCAUUAAUGGCACCCUGAAGCACUACCAGCUCCAGGGCCUGGAAUGGAUGGUUUCUCUGUAUAAUAACAAUCUGAAUGGAAUCUUAGCUGAUGAAAUGGGGCUGGGAAAGACCAUACAGACCAUUGCACUCAUCACUUACCUGAUGGAGCACAAAAGGCUCAAUGGCCCCUAUCUCAUCAUCGUUCCCCUUUCGACUCUAUCUAACUGGACAUAUGAAUUUGACAAAUGGGCUCCUUCUGUGGUGAAAAUUUCUUACAAGGGCACCCCUGCUAUGCGUCGGUCCCUUGUCCCCCAGCUGCGGAGUGGAAAAUUCAACGUCCUCUUGACUACUUACGAGUACAUUAUAAAAGACAAGCAUAUUCUUGCAAAGAUUCGGUGGAAAUACAUGAUCGUGGACGAAGGCCACCGCAUGAAGAAUCAUCACUGCAAGCUGACACAAGUCCUGAACACCCACUAUGUGGCCCCCAGAAGGAUCCUCUUGACAGGAACACCCCUGCAAAACAAGCUUCCUGAGCUCUGGGCCCUCCUCAACUUCCUUCUCCCCACCAUCUUCAAGAGCUGCAGCACAUUUGAGCAGUGGUUCAAUGCACCGUUUGCCAUGACUGGAGAAAGGGUGGACUUGAAUGAAGAAGAAACAAUUCUGAUCAUCAGGCGUCUGCAUAAGGUGCUGAGACCAUUUCUGCUGAGGAGACUGAAGAAAGAAGUAGAGUCCCAGCUUCCUGAAAAAGUUGAAUAUGUGAUCAAGUGUGACAUGUCAGCUCUGCAGAAGAUCCUGUACCGCCACAUGCAAGCCAAAGGGAUCCUCCUCACAGACGGGUCCGAGAAGGACAAGAAGGGCAAAGGAGGAGCCAAGACUCUGAUGAAUACCAUCAUGCAGCUGAGAAAGAUCUGCAAUCACCCCUACAUGUUCCAGCACAUUGAGGAGUCCUUUGCUGAACACCUGGGAUAUUCCAACGGAGUCAUCAAUGGGGCCGAGCUGUAUCGGGCCUCAGGAAAGUUUGAGCUACUUGAUCGUAUUCUGCCCAAGUUGCGAGCGACUAAUCACCGAGUGCUGCUUUUCUGCCAGAUGACGUCUCUCAUGACCAUCAUGGAGGAUUACUUUGCCUUUCGGAACUUCCUCUACCUGCGUCUGGAUGGCACCACCAAGUCUGAAGACCGAGCUGCUUUGCUGAAGAAAUUCAACGAGCCGGGCUCCCAGUAUUUCAUUUUCUUGCUGAGCACAAGGGCGGGUGGCCUGGGCUUAAAUCUGCAGGCAGCUGACACGGUGGUCAUCUUUGACAGCGAUUGGAACCCUCACCAGGACCUGCAAGCACAGGACCGAGCUCACCGCAUCGGGCAGCAGAACGAGGUGCGGGUCCUGCGUCUCUGCACUGUCAACAGCGUGGAGGAGAAGAUCCUGGCAGCUGCCAAGUACAAGCUCAACGUGGACCAGAAAGUGAUCCAGGCUGGCAUGUUUGACCAGAAGUCCUCCAGCCACGAGCGAAGGGCAUUCCUGCAGGCCAUCCUGGAGCAUGAGGAAGAGAAUGAGGAGGAAGACGAAGUACCAGAUGAUGAAACCCUGAACCAGAUGAUUGCUCGCCGAGAAGAAGAAUUUGACCUUUUUAUGCGCAUGGACAUGGACCGGCGGCGAGAGGAGGCCCGUAACCCGAAGCGCAAGCCGCGGCUGCUGGAGGAGGAUGAGCUGCCGGCCUGGAUCAUCAAGGACGAUGCUGAGGUGGAGCGCCUCACCUGCGAGGAAGAAGAGGAGAAGAUCUUUGGCCGCGGAUCGCGCCAGCGCAGGGACGUGGACUACAGCGACACGCUCACCGAGAAGCAGUGGCUGCGGGCCAUCGAAGACGGCAAUUUGGAAGAGAUGGAAGAGGAGGUCCGGCUCAAGAAGCGCAAAAGACGAAGAAAUGUGGAGAAAGACCCUGCCAAAGAAGAUGUGGAAAAGGCUAAGAAGAGGAGAGGCCGCCCCCCAGCAGAGAAACUGUCACCCAAUCCUCCCAAACUGACCAAGCAGAUGAACGCCAUCAUUGAUACUGUGAUCAACUACAAGGACAGGUGUAACGUGGAGAAGGUGCCCAGUAAUUCUCAGUUGGAAAUAGAAGGAAACAGUUCAGGGCGGCAGCUCAGUGAGGUCUUCAUACAGUUACCCUCCAGGAAAGAAUUACCAGAAUACUACGAAUUAAUUAGGAAACCUGUGGACUUCAAAAAAAUCAAGGAAAGAAUCCGUAACCACAAGUACCGGAGCCUGGGGGACCUGGAGAAGGACGUCAUGCUUCUCUGUCACAACGCACAGACCUUCAACCUGGAGGGAUCCCAGAUCUAUGAAGACUCCAUUGUUUUGCAGUCGGUAUUUAAGAGCGCUCGGCAGAAAAUUGCCAAAGAGGAAGAGAGUGAGGAUGAAAGCAACGAGGAGGAGGAAGAAGAGGAAGAGGAGUCAGAGUCAGAGGCUAAAUCUGUGAAGGUGAAGAUCAAGCUUAAUAAAAAAGAUGACAAGGGCCGGGACAAAGGAAAAGGCAAGAAGAGGCCAAACCGAGGGAAAGCUAAGCCCGUCGUGAGUGAUUUUGACAGUGAUGAAGAACAGGAUGAGAACGAACAGUCAGAAGCAAGUGGGACUGAUGACGAGUGACCUGUGUGAACUGUUUUUCCUUGGUAGAGAUGAAUUCCUUCUCCCUCAGCCCCCCACCCCCCAUCCUACCCAGUGAGUUCAUCUGUCAUAUGGGCACUGGGUUGUUUCUCUGUCAUCACCAUCUAUAAACUAGCUUUAGGAUAAUGCCAGACAAACAUAUGAUAUCAAGGUGUAAAAAAAAAAAAAAGUGCACACACAAAUAUUUGUAACAUAUUGUGACCAAAUGGGCCUCAAAGGUUAAAAUAGACAAAGCUUUUGAUGGAAAAUACGUGGGUGGAUAGUAUAUUUCUAUGGGUGGGUCUAAUUUGGUAAUGGUUUGAUUGUGCCUGGUUUUAUCACCUGUUCAAAUGAGAAGAUUUUUGUCUUUUUGUAGCACUGAUAACCAGGAGAAGCCAUUAAGAGCCACUGGUUAUUUUAUUUUUCAUCAGGCAAUUUUCCAGGUUUUUAUUUGUUUGGUAUUUUUUUUUUUUACACUGUGGUACAUAUAAGCAACUUUAAUAAGUGAUCAGUGUACAGUAGUUAGAUUUUACAUGCAUAUACAUUUUUCCAUUUUAUGCUCUAUGAUCUGAAAAAAAAUGCUUUUUGAAUUGUAUAAGAUUUAUGUCUAUUGUAAACAUUACCUUGUUUUCCCUCUUAAUUUGGAAAAAAAAAAAACGGAUUCGUUGAAAACGCUAUUGAAUAUUGCAAUCUAUAUCGUGUAUUGGAUGGCUUCUUUUGUCAACUUGAUCUCUUCUGUUACCAAUGUGUAUCUUGUCUCCUCCUCCCUAAAGUGUACUUAAUCUUUGCUUUCUUUGCACAAUGUCUUUGGUUGCAAGUCAUAAGCCUGAGGCAAAUAAAAUUCCAGUAAUUUCCAA